AUGUGUCAGCCGGAGUUGGAGUCGGAGUUGUCUUUCAACGAUAUCUGGCAAUUUGUGGAGGACUUCACGGAAGAUGCUACUGUCACUGAGGUGGAAAUCCGUUUACAAAAACUUGAUGAGUUGUGGGAAAGGUUUGGCGAUGUCCUAGUUGAUAUAAAAUCUCAUGAUGACUUCUCGGAUGAUGGCGAAGGUUAUGAAAAGGAGAGAAAGAAGUUCAGCGACCAUUAUUACCGUGCUAAAUCCUUUCUUUUGGAUAGAGUAAAGGAGCGACAAGAACAUUCGGUGCUUGAACAAUCCAUCCGUAUCGGAGACACAACGACGCUGGGUACACUCGAUCAUGUUCGCCUUCCGCAGAUAAAAUUGCAAUCUUUCAGUGGUGACAUCGACGAGUGGCUCAGUUUUCGGGACCUUUUCACUUCUCUCAUUCAUUGGAAGUCUGAUUUGCCGGAAGUGGAAAAAUUCCACUAUCUCAAGGGAUGUCUUCAAGGUGAACCAAAAGGCCUCAUAGAACCGUUACAAAUUACAAAGGCGAAAUAUCUAGUUGCUUGGGAAAUGCUUCUGAAAAGAUAUAACAACAGCAAGUUACUAAGAAAGAGACACAUUGAAUCAUUGUUCAAGCUGCCUAGUCUCACGAAGGAGUCGGCUUCUGAAUUACACGUCCUCUUGGAAAAUUUCGAAAGAAUAGUUCAAACUUUGGAUCAAUCUGUACAAUCGAGUGAUUAUAAGGAUUUACUACUCGUUAAUCUCCUCACCACACGGUUGGAUCCAGUCACCCGCAGAGGGUGGGAAGAAUGCUCGUCUAGCAGGAAAACAGAUACCCUUAAGGACCUUACGGAUUUUCUUCAUCGUCGUGUUCAGGUGUUAGAAUCGUUGCCAUCAAGAGCAUCUGAAGCUAGAAGCAAUCAGCAUGCACAACCACAUUCAAAACCGAAGCUUUCUCCUGUGAAGAACAGCUACAAUGCGACACAUGCAUCUGUGGGACGAUGUGUUGUAUGUUCGGCGAAUCAUUUGUUGUACCAGUGUGGAGCCUUUCACUUCGGACUAAUUCCCUCUGCCGUAACUGUUUCCGACAUGGCUAUCAGGCAAGAGAGUGCCAGUCGAAAUUCUCCUGUCGCACAUGUAAGGGGUCGGCAUCACACUAUGGUUUGUUUCAAACGAGGAAAGGAUAGCAACGAUAAGGCAAACGAUAAGGAGACAAAUAAUGGAACUGUCAUUUCUGCCAAGGAUACACCAGCUUCAUCAUCAUCUUCUUCUUCUUCUCAAAUGUCCACACUUGGUACCGCUAAUGUGUCUUUAGCUAACGUGGCCCAAUCGUGUAUUUCAUCACAGGUACUGUUGGCUACCGCGGUAGUCGUUGUCGAGGAUGAUAACGAUGGACAUUUCCCUGCCUGUGCGCUUCUAGACUCGGGAUCAGAGAGUAAUUUCGUAACGGAACGGAUGAGUCAACGGCUUAGCGUUGAACGGCAACGGGUGGAUAUUUCUGUAUGCGGUAUAGGCCAGGCUGCUACUAGAGUCAAACAGCGGAUUAUUACUAAGAUCAAGUAA